AUUUCUAGCUAGUGAUAAAGAUCUCUUUCGAGUUCGGAGCAGGGAGGAUAGCGAAGCGAUUCAUACAUAGCCUUUCAAGGUAGUGGAACUGGCAAGUGUCUGGAUUGGAUGGACUUCCAUGCUUUGGCGGAACACUUCACUUAAUGAGUGAUGCCCAUUAUACUACAAACCUUUUUGAGAGAGGACUUUGCCAACUAGGAAGUCUGCUAUCCCAACCAAUCGACCAGGAUCGAGUGCACGAAUCGCUUGACCUAGUAUGAUAUAAAGUGCCUCCUUCGAGUGCAUCUAUAGAGCAUCCUUUCUGCAUCCUGCAUCUGCUUCAGGAAUGGAUCAAACUAGGUUGUCGGCGGAAGUAGUGGUAGUGGCAAGGUAUCCAUGGUUUUCGGUGGAAGUAGAGUAUCCACUUAAUCGUCUCCUGUAUCAUUCCUUUAGCUUGCGGAGGCCAGGUUGUAAAAACCAAUUAAUUGCUUUAGCAAAGAGUCUGGCUCGACUUCUUACCUUGAAAUCUGGAAACUUCCAUCUAGAUCGUCGUGGCAACUCCACUUCCCCACUCUUUCCGCUUUGAAGCGUUUCUCUUAAAGACAAAUGGGUUCUCUUUCUGUCUUCGUAUCCAGAAGCUAGAGAUAGGUUCGGUAGUAGGGCAUGGUUAAGUCCGUGUCAGAAUGAAGUCAGGGUUUCCGGGUGCCUUGUUGGAAUCUUACUCGUAAAAACGAGUGCCUUGUUGGAAUCUUGCUCGUCAAACUAGUAAUAUAUCGUAUUUAAACGUAUGCGAGGAUUGCUUUCUUCUUUCGUUCUCAAACUGAUCGAAUCAAUGGCCAGGAUAGGAAUGUUCCCUGAGAAGAGGGCAGGGCAGAGAAGAAGGCCGAGUAGAAAUACCUCCGAUCUCGAUUCCUUUCAUGUUUUGGUGCCGCUAGCCAUCAUUCCUCGUUUCUCGAGAAUCUCCGUUGAUGUCGUUUCCAGAGAAUGGCUUAAGUGUUGAACUUCUAAAAACCAUGGCCUUAUCCAAAUAAACUGGUGAAAGCACCAUCCUUAUCUAGAGAAAAUAAGUGACUUGAUUGACCCGUUUCCUUUCUGGGUCUGGUGAUGGUUUAGCUUCCGGUGUCCCAGGAUGUGGUAGUAUUUAUUGGUCCCCAACCAACCAUGCCUUGCGCCUAACUUGACUCUGCAGCCCUUGCUUCAAAGUAGCCAGCCGACGAAACCAAUGUUAGAGCCUGUAACUUAGGACAGAACAGCCUUGCCUUUCUUAAACAAAAGAGGGAACUGCCUUUCCUUUCUCAAACAAACCUGUACUGGGUGAAUGAAAAAAAGGAAAUAGCUGGUUACUUUUGAGAGUACAGCUGCCGAAACAGCUUCUUCCUGUAGGCGUUAGCCGAUUUAGUAUCAGAGGAGUACCUGUGAAGUAAAACUUUUGUCUGUAGCUCAACAAGUUCCGUUUUCUUGUAAUAAUAGAAGUUCAGUGCGGAACAAGAUAAGUUUUUCCUUUACAAUGUUUUUUAUUACCAUACUACAGUACAACAGUAAGUUCUUUCUUCUGACCAGAGCCAGCGCUUUAACUAGUUCUACUCUCCCAGCCAGCUAUCCUUCUUCAAACUAGAGAGAGAGCUAUCCAUAUUCCUAUUCCUGUGACCUAUCCUUAUAUCUCGAGCACUACUUCUAUCACCGAUUUCUUACUUCUCUCCCAACUUUGCCUAACAACCCGAAUCUCUUUCCUGUAGCUAGUCGCUGAUAGUCAGUCUAUCUCCUUUCCUUGCAAACUCUCUAAGCUUUAGGUAGUUCGCCGUGCGAUGGGCCUGAGGAUCUAUUCCAAAGGGUGAUGGGUCGUGGGUACGACUCUUCAGAAGGCGCUUUUGCCAACCACCGAGCACCAACAAAUGAAGAGAGUUACCACAAGUAUGAGACCACUGAAACUACUUCGCCUGCUUUGAAUCAGAGCAAACUGCUUUUAAGUAUAAGACCACCAAUCUAGUACGCAACCAUUGCCUAUUAUGCCAUCCAUAUUGUUGACUUUCACAGACCCACUAUGACUGCCUACGCCCAUAUAGAUAGAGAAAAGUUCACCUAAGGAUAAUAAAACGUUUGAGGAAGGUUACCGCUUACGAUAUACCUAUAUAUAGAUAGUGUAGUGUUGUAGUGUGUUAAGUAGAUCGGUCCCAUAUAAAGUUGCAAUGUAUCUGCAAUGAGUUCAUCUACUCCGGGGUGUUCUCCGCACUUCUCAAGAAAGAAAUAGUUGGAAAUUCCCCGGAUCGUCUGCGCUUGGCUUGGUAUUCUUAUACUGAAUCGCUGUUGGAUAAAAGAAAGCAUAAAGUUUUUAAGCCUGCGUUCUCGUUGGCGAAACCACUAGGAGGCAACCAUGAAAGCGGUUUCUAUGUUUCGAUCGAACCAACACAGCUUUACGCUUCUUUCCAACUCUACCCACGCUUCGGGUUCGCACUUACUUUACGCCUUACCGAACUUGGGCUUAGUUCAGCCAGCUUCGUAACAUGCCUGCUCAAAGUGAGUAGUUGGAAGUUCCUGUAAGCAUCUUCCCAUGAAUUGACGUAUAUAAGCGUAGUUAUCAGGUACGCCGUGAGCUGGAUUCUAUCCCCGAGGAUAGAGAUUGAUGGGUAAUAGUUUUGAUAGAAAACUCGUAUGUUAAGUUCUCUAGUUGAUGUGAUGCGGCUCGAUUCAUCAUUGCUCUCACAUCAAUGUUUUCGGUUCCCUUUUUACUCUCCCAUUUUCAUAGAGAAAGAUGUUCUGAUUCAGUUCUCUCUGAAAAGGAGGGGCCCUUAGGGACACAGUAGUACCAUUUCCAUUGUGCGAAAGGUCGUGUCCUGGUAGCCUCUCUGCUGUAGACGGUCUCAUUGGUAAAUUCUUCCAUUUCUGAAAUUGUCAAAUCGAGAUUGUGUGGGUGUUCAGUCUACUCUACCGCUCAUGAAAAGAUUUCGUUGGGUAGAACCAAGUCUCUUUUGGGAGCAGAUUGUAUUUGAUUUUAUAUAGUUACUCCAUGAUGAUGAUGACUAGAUGGAGUUCCACUGAUAUGAAGAGAAGAAAUAGAAUAUUGGCUAAUAUGGUGCCAAUUCGUAAUUUAAGUUUACCUGAUUAUUAUGAAUAUGAAGAAGAAUACCCUCCAGUUUCAAGAGAGGCAACCAGAGGGGUCUGUAUACUCCUACGAAUAGACAGAUAUUUAUCUUCAAUUGGAAGGAGCAUUCAAGACCGUGAGGUUCUACGCGAUUUCCGCCAACGGUUACUCUUUCCCCAACGCGAGGCUGGGCACAGCUUUUCCGAAAUAUAUGAUGAUAUACGAGCGCAUGGGGUAGAAGCAAGUCGAUUGGGUCAGCCUCUAAGAGAUCUGUACGAUGAGAUGGAAAGGAACGGCGAGAUAGUAAAUAACGGCUCAAUCAUUAUCCCUGGAGGCGGCGGACCAGUAACAGAAAGCCCAUUGGAUCAAUUUGGAAUUCACCCAAUUCUGGAUCUGAAUAUUGGCAAGUACUAUGUCUCAUUCACAAAUCUAUCCUUGUCUAUGCUACUCACUCUCGGUUUGGUCCUACUUCUGGUUUUUGUUGUUACGAAAAAAGGAGGGGGAAAGUCAGUGCCAAAUGCAUUUCAAUCCUUGGUGGAGCUUAUUUAUGAUUUCGUGCCGAACCUGGUAAACGAACAAAUAGGUGGUCUUUCCGGAAAUGUGAAACACAAGUUUUUCCCUUGCAUCUCGGUCACUUUUACUUUUUCGUUAUUUCGUAAUCCCCAGGGUAUGAUACCCUUUAGCUUCACAGUGACAAGUCAUUUUCUCAUUACUUUGGCUCUUUCAUUUUCCAUUUUUAUAGGCAUUACGAUCGUUGGAUUUCAAAGACAUGGGCUUCAUUUUUUUAGCUUCUUAUUACCAGCGGGAGUCCCACUGCCAUUAGCACCUUUUUUAGUACUCCUUGAGCUAAUCUCUCAUUGUUUUCGUGCAUUAAGCUCAGGAAUACGUUUAUUUGCUAAUAUGAUGGCCGGUCAUAGUUCAGUAAAGAUUUUAAGUGGGUUUGCUUGGACUAUGCUAUUUCUGAAUAAUAUUUUCUAUUUCUUAGGAGAUCUUGGUCCCUUAUUUAUAGUUCUAGCAUUAACCGGUCUGGAAUUAGGUGUAGCUAUAUCACAAGCUCAUGUUUCUACGAUCUCAAUUUGUAUUUACUUGAAUGAUGCUACAAAUCUCCAUCAAAAUGAGUCAUUUCAUAAUUGCAUAAAAACGAGGAGCCAAUCAUAGAACUACAUAUGGUCUGAUACUACUAACUUCCUUGAAAAGUGGAAGAGUAGUUAUGUAGGCAGUUGCCGUUCCAGAAAUGUAGCGGUUGCUCGACCAAAGCCGGUCAUCAAAGAGUCAGUAAGUAGUAAUUCUAUCAAUUACCAAUUCGUGGAAUUCUCAUGUUCCAAUCAAUAAGUGUGUCUACUUAAAAGUAAGUUCAACUUGCUUGUGUUAAGCUUUGCUCGAACUUGAUUACUUCCUCGCUCUCCUUCACUCGGUCAAGGGAUUCACCUUUACCUCGUUCUGGUCUUCCAGCUUGAAAGACAAGGUCCUUAUUCAAAACUGGCUCCUUCGAGUUAGUCUUUAUUGUUUCAUAGAAAGGCUUCCUUCUACGACUGGAGUGAAAUCCUCUAUGCUGACAUAAGCGGAGAGGCAAGCAACAACCAUUAUAUUGAACCUGCCCUGAAGGCUUUGUUUGCCUAAGUGCAUAAGUCAAAGAAGGGUUUUCUUGCCGAAAGCAGUGUUCAGACCUCAAUCUGUAGCGGCGCACUUCCCUCUUAUGAUUGCUUUUCAAGGACAUCCGGAUAAGGGGACUGAGAGAGUAGAUAUGGGACUUUUCCUCAUAAAAGCCUAUAUAGGUGGGUGGUAUGAUAGUAAGUCUUUUCCUACUGAUGUGUUCAGUCGAUGGCUUGAUUCUCCUCCGGGCGUGAAUUGGAAGGGCCAAGGGUUUACAAUGAAACAAAUUGCGUAUAAUUUGCACGGCGAUACGAACAGUAUAGAAUUUCUGCACUCCUUAUAUGCAGACUUAGUUAGUCAAGGGAAGGGGUGCAUAGCCAAUACUUCCUUCUCAGAAGUGGCUACGAACCACGGUGUCGGGGGUUCGAAUCCACUUCUGAGCGGGCUGGCGGCUCCACCGGGAGCGAGCCUACUGAAGGAAAGUUUUAUUGUUGAACUUCUAUUUUUAUCCAAUAUUUAUCUUUUGUUUGGAAAAACCAAACCCACAUAUUGAUCUUUAAGUCUCCCUUUCUCUUUUGGGAGCAGAUCUUUCAAAGAUGGGAAAUUCCAAUGAUUCUUUCCGUUUUGUCGAGCCCUGCUUUGGUCUCUGGUUUGAUGGUUGUACGUGCUAAAAAUCCGGUACAUUCCGUUUUGUUUCCCAUCCUAGUCUUUUGCGACACUUCUGGUUUACUUAUUUUGUUAGGUCUCGACUUCUCCGCUAUGAUCUUCCCAGUAGUUCAUAUAGGAGCUAUUGCCGUUUCAUUCCUAUUCGUGGUUAUGAUGUUCAAUAUUCAAAUAGCGGAGAUUCACGAAGAAGUAUUGCGCUAUUUACCAGUGAGUGGUAUUAUUGGACUGAUCUUUUGGUGGGAAAUGUUCUUCAUUUUAGAUAAUGAAACCAUUCCAUUACUACCAACCCACAGAAAUACGACCUCUCUGAAAUAUACGGUUUAUGCCGGAAAGGUACGAAGUUGGACUAAUUUGGAAACAUUGGGCAAUUUACUUUAUACCUACUAUUCCGUCUGGUUUUUGGUUUCUAGUCUGAUUUUAUUAGUAGCUAUGAUUGGGGCUAUAGUACUUACUAUGCAUAGGACUACAAAGGUGAAAAGACAGGAUGUAUUCCGACGAAAUGCCUUGGAUUCUAGGAGGACUACUAUUCAUAUUCAGAACAGAAGGUUCUUCUCCCACAAAGGGGAUGACGCACCUGUCCCCCCCGCUGAUCCGGAAUCCAUUUAAUCUGAUUUGGCAGAGAGAAUAGAAAGGAUUUAUAGGCGGGCCGGGGAGGAGCAAUCUUUAGUAGAAGCCGGGACUACGCCAAGGGAACUUGUAGAUAACGUCCUGCCAGAGGGGGCGGAGCUACCGCUUCUACAAGAAACCUGGGUUCAGUUUGUACGGGACGAGUCACACAGCGAGUUUUGGGUAGAGAUCGAUUCGAUAAUCUGCUAAGGAAAUAUGGGCACGCGGCGCGCGGUGAGCCCGACACCCCCGAUCCCGAUGCUCGAGCCUGAUGCCCCUCAAUCAGGAGGAGGCGACUCAGCGGGGAGCACGGGGGAAGAAAAUUGUCCGGGGGCGGGGAAGGAAAGUAGGAACCUCCGAAGGCCCGCCCGAGUCAAGGAAGCGCAAAAGUUAUUCUGAUUCUGAUUCCGGGGGGGAUGAUGGGAGUGACCCUGCUCCGGAUCCUUCUCCUUUCUUUUGAUUUUGACUAAAAUGAGAGGUGGAGAAAUUGAGUUCUUUUGAGCAGCGUUGUCUGUAGUAGAGUAGCUUUUUUUUUUUUCUUUUACAGAAAGAAGGCGAGGCCCACCUGCCUUCUCUAGGUACUUUACUUGGAAAGGUGUCACCGCCUUCCUUCUUCUCUAGGUACUUUACUUGGAAAGGUAGGUGCGGGAAAGAAGAGCGGGUAUGUGGGCUUCUUUCAAUCGAAACUUUUUUGAAGCCGUCAAACUUUAUCGUUUCAUUAUAGAUGGAUCUAAAACAUUGCGUUGCAGAGUGGAGGCGUGAAGAAGGUUAAGAGAAGCAAGCCAAAGGAAAGAAAAAGCAACUUGAUACAAUAUUGAAGAUAAACACUCAGGAAAGCACUGGGUCAACUGACUCCACUAGCCAGCUUCUGCUUCAGAACUUACUUCAAAGAGGCUGACUUAGCACUUAGCAUAAUGCUUUUGUUCCGGUGCAUAAAAGUAAGUGAGCAGGUGGGUGAGUCCAAAGGUUUUUCCGAAGCGCGAAGGACUUGCAGUUCUAAAAUAGGAAGGGCUCUGUACUCAAAUCAAAGCAAAGUAGUAGUUUCAUAGGUCGUUGUGCUAGAGCUAAGAUUUAUAUGAAAGUGUGAGGGGAAGCCAUUUCCAGCUUCUACUUUCUGCGAACCGGGCUCAUUACCGGCCUACAGUAGCAUUCUACUGUGAGCUUUCUCACUGCGGAUCGCCUUGAUUCACUGAUCGUUGACAGCUACUCAGGAGAGGUUAUCCUUUGCCAGACUUUGUGUUGAGAUGAGUUCUCCGCUUCCCGAAAAGAUGAUUUUUGUCAAUCAGCGUAGAGUGGUGGAUUAUAAAGUGGUACAGUCCGAAUGGGUUGGUUCAAGCUAGCUGUUCUUACUGAACAGGUGUUUUAGCAUUCUUUUCGAAUUCGAAGUUGCGGGGUGCUUUGGCUUUUCAAAGUUCUCAAAGAGAAUAAAGUAAAGGCGCUACGCGUGGAUCGAAUUAAAGUAACGUAAGGUUUCGUAAGAAACAAUUGAAUAAGCGUAUCAAAGAGAAUGAGGUCUAGCACUCCGAAAUACCAUUGAGAAAGAGCAAUAGAACAAGGUUAGAAUAAGAUCUCCAAAAUGGUUGAUGACUCCCACAACUUGUCAGGCUGCAUUCCCGUGAAAUUGUUUUGGGACAAUUCCAGUUUUACUAUCUAUGCGGUAGCUCAGCCAAGUAAUCUGGUAUCUCACCAUUAAGACGGUUACCUAGCAAGUUCAGCUCUGUGAGGUUCUUGCAUCCUUUAAAUGAAUGUCUCUAGAAUACUCCCAGUCAGAUUGUUAUUGUGCAAUAUGAGUGACUGCAGAGAGUUGGCUUGACAUAUCUCGGCUGGGAUAGAAUAGAACCUGAGAGCUGGUUGGUUUCUGCAGAGAAACUAACAAGAUGCUGCAAUGGCAGCGCUGGCAGAGGCCCACGGAACAUGUUUUCUGCAAGAGAUAUGGAUCGAACACUCGCCCUGUUCCGUAUCCAAUCUGGAAUAUGACCCGUAAGUUUGUUCCCUUCAACGAAAAUUGUGGCAAUAGCUUCUAAAUCUGCAAGUUCUUCAGGGAUAGAGCCUGUGAAGGCAUUGAAGGGACGGACAGAUUUUUGAGCGUAAGCUUCUUGCAGUUACUAAGCUCUUUUGGUAUGCUCCCACUGAGCCCAGCACCUUUGCAAACAGCCGAGUUAGAUUGCCCAGCUCACCGACAGAUGUUGGCAGUUCAGCAUUGAAGUAGUUCUCUGAUAUAUAAAGUUCCUUCUUUUGAGACCACCAAUUGACCAAGGGAUGGUGCCUGUGAACUUGCAUCCGGGGAGUUGAAGAACUUUUAGCAGCUUCAGGUUACCAAUCUCUUCUGGAAUGCUUCCACUAAGACCAUUCUGUCUCUAAAUUAGCAAUUCCUUAUUUUCCAGUUGACCAAUCUCCCUAGGUAUUGGCCCCACCAAACUGUUUGAUGAGAGAUCAAGUGUCAACUGGUUCACCAACGCAGUUAUUCCCGGGAAUAUUUAUCCCGUGAGGUUAUUCUGGCUUGCAUCAAGGUGCUAGAGCCGAGACUGGUUACCAAAAGCAGCUGGUAUCGACCCGUUGAAUGUGUUCAUGUGAAGGUCCAGGAUAUCCUCGAGGAUGAAGGCCAGAUCACGCCCAAUUCGAUCCUUGAAAGACCCAUUGCACUACAGCGGCAGCUCGGGCUCGAGCAACGGCGGGAGAUAAGUCUUCUCUUCAUUCAGCAUUCAGUCUAUCUUCGGAAAGCAGCAAUAAUUGAUGCACGCAGACGAUGGUUAAAUGCUUUCUUGAUUUACUACUAAUAGGUGGUGUCUAGACGCUAGGAAAAAGUGAGGAUUAUAGCUUCUGCCCCAUAGACCAUUCGGAAAGGAGUCUGUCCCUUCGGUCUUAUAUGUUAGUAUAGGUUGGUUCUUCCGAAUGCACAUAAGACCACUGGUCACCCUCAAUCCUUAGCAUUGAACUUGACUGAUUUGGCUAAGAUCUGGGGAACUAGAGCAGUCCCCAGAGGGCACUACACAAGGCAGGAGAGGCAAUAGCGAAGCGAAGCCCUAGUUCAAUCGAGGAUGGAUUCAUUGAGUGGGCGAGGAAGAUGAUUGGUAUGGGAAGAUCGGUCUUUCACUAAUGGAGCAUCUCCACCCUAGCCUUGAAGUUGAACAUCCGGGGAUAUCUAAAUAUUGAACCAGUGAUUAAAAAGAAUGGCAAGACUGCGGUUGAAGUCCCAGCUGGAAAUCCAAAUUGCUCGAACACAAAAAAUCUAGACAAAGGAAAGAAACCUGGUUUGCAUAUUUUCGUAUAUGCCCAACUAAUCUAUCGCAUAGGAAGAUCGCCCCUGUAAGUUUAUUUCACACAUUAUGUUACUUUGUUUAUGGUGUGGAAAUAAAUAUCAAUAUUCUAACUUGCCGCUUUCUAUGGAUGCAUCCUCUACUCUAGUGCUUACCUGUCCUACUUUCUUUAAUUCAUUCCUAUUUCCUCUCCUGUACUUAUAUUUAUCUUGCCUGCGGCAGUUUUGUAAUCAAUUUCUACUAGGGAUAGGGAGCGUGAACUUUCUCUCAUCCAGUGAAUGAGUUACCUGAAGAUCGAUGGCAUAUAAAACGCCCUAAUUCAAUAUAAAAUCUGUUAUUUCACUUUCAAAAUGCCCCGUUCGCACUUGCUUGAGUGAGGCGCAAGCCGUUUUCUUGCUAGGCAAGAUAGGUCAACGGAUAGCUUGUUGGUUGAUACGGGACCCCUUCUCAACUUCAUGUGUUUUGUAACUGCCAUAAAGCAAGGCCAUAGUCCAACAUUCCAUCCUUUUCCACCGCUGUAUUGGCUUCUGCUUCUCUUCCUUUUGCCGAGGAAGAUCUGCUUCUCUUGCAUCCUCCAGUCUUAAAUUCCUAUCCGUACUAGACUAGACCUUCCCUUAGCCAUCAACCUACCGAACCCAGGAAUGAGAUCCACAAGGAAAGAGAUUGGCAGAAAUCCAGAAAGAAUGAUGCACAAGAAAUGGUUAGAACCUCGAGAAUAGAUGCGAAUAGCAGCUCAGAUCAGAUCCGAGAUGGAGCAGCAAUAAAGCAAAGAGGAGCAGAAAGGUUCGAAUCGAAUCGCAAGCAGCUGACUAGAGAGAGAUGAGUUGAGAAAUAAAGACUAUCCAAAUAUUGGAUAAGUUGUUUCGUAAUUCAUCUUUGUCAUUGACUUCGGCCUCUCAUUUAUCCUUAUUUGGUAGCUGAGAAGUGAAGCACAACAAAGUUUUAAUAGAUCUCUUCCUGUCAUUCAAUAACCAUCCUUUAUUUUUGCAGUAUAGAGAAGUGAUUAGCCGGUGCCCAGGAUAAGGUAGUGGAACUGGUGCGUAUCAGGUUUGGCAUUAGCUCUUUUGAAUAAUAGAGCUGAGCAGCUAAGAACAGAUAGCAAUCUGGAACAGCUCUGAAAUGCAAAUAAAAUGAUGAUUGGUCCUAGCUUAUGGGUUGCGAUAAGACAGUUUCGAAGGUUCUAGCCAUCUCAAGGAAGUAUAUAAGUAGCUAUCGGCACCUUUUGAAGAAGGAGGCUCGGUAGCAGAGAUGUUGAGUAAAGUCUAGAUGACACGAACCCUAGCAGAUCUGCUAUAGCAAAGUGGUAAGUUACCAGCGGUGUCGAUAGAAUAGAAGAGAAGCAUCAGAGCGAGCGUUAUAGAUCAGUCAGCAUUAGCGACAUCAAUUCUGCUACAGUUUUGUUAAAGAAAGGUGAAUACAUUCUAAAAAGUCUAAAACUCAUCUUAUUUCUUAAAGAGCAUAUAACAACAAACGAUUUCACUUACAAGGGGGUGCAGCUGCAGGAACUGGGUGCUGUGCCGCCCGCUGCCUACUUAAUGUUUCGCUUGCCUUCUACACUUCUGCAAUGGGAGUCACCACAUGAGAUGCUAUUUUUCACCUUUCGCUAUUAUUCGCUCUUGCGUGUCUUUGGAGCCCGAUCUUUCCCUUGCUUACGCCCCUAGAAACUCCGUGAAAAAACCACCUCGUUUUUCCAUAAAUAAAGGAUUCCUAAUAAAGUUUUUACAUAUCAUAUCCCAGCGGUAUUUUUUUAAUAAUUUUUGCAUAAAUAAAGUAUAAUUUCCACAAAAUAACACUUUUAGGCGCCCACUUGAAAUUCAACUUAACGUUGGACGUUGACCAGGCCCUCUCUAUUGCCAGAAUUGGGGACUGGCUCUUCUCCACAACUAGAAAACACAGAACUGCCAGAGGUUUGGUCAUAACCAGCACGCACCCUCGCCAAUUUCGUUCUAAGCUCAAUCCAAGAUUGUGAUCGGGUUGCCUUUCGAUAUAACUUGGUUCAAGCUUGGAUCCAGUGGAUAGAUACUUUAAACGAUGGUAGGAACGGGAGCUACCCUGGAUCACUUGAGGAAGUAAGAACGCAAGUCUCUCAGUUGAAAUUAGAUCGUUCCAGGAUAAUAGCUGAAGCGGCUGAGAACUCCCAAAGAGAAGAGAACCAGCUUAAGGAGCAGGUAUCCGGAGUAUCAGCAAGCUAUAAAUAGCUUUAGGAUUGUAUGAAUAGAGUUGAGGAUCAAGUAUCCCUCAUAUUUAGAUCCCCCGUUGGGAAAAGCCCCUUUUUUAAAUCCUUUCACGCUUUCCCUUUGCCGAAGGCCGGCCUCUUUAGUUCCUACGUUUUCGGAAAAGAAGGUGAGACGCUAGCUAGCAACGGGAAAAAACGAGUAGUUAAAGAUGUGAAUGUAAGACUACUCGAAAGUACUUCCAUUUUUAUUAUAUUAUAUAGUUUCUAAUAGAGAGUACAGUUGUAUCUAUGUGCGAAACGACGAAAGAAAGAUGGAAGGCCCAAAGAGCUCUACAGUAGUGCCCCGGAAUGGGGUCGUAGAGCCGGUAACCCACUCUGUUUAGUAUUUUGAUUUCGUUCAAGGUGUUGCUCUGUCAAAUAGAGAUUGUGUGGGUGUUCAGUCUACCACUCAUGUUCACGUUCUACAAAUCUAAGGGAGUGCUCCUAGACUGGACGACUUCCCGUAAAUAACCUAGUUCAUGUUCCUUUGAAAGAAAUAAAAUGAAAGCUUUUGAAGCGAAGAUGUCAACGCGGUGCUAGGUUUGCGCCGGCCACGAUUAUUUAUAAGUAUAUUGGAAAGAAGAGUGACUAGGCUACGGUCUAACUUUUUCUUCCUAGCGGAGUUCAAUACGAAAAUAAAGGCGCUCCGCGUUGGGAAUGGCGUACGUAGUACGGGUGGUAUUUCCGGUAUAACUGAUCAGGGUUGUUCUGAAAGCAAGUCAAUUGGUGCUUUGGAAAGUGAGUGCCAGAGGCUAGUCACUGCUUGGUUUACAGAAGGGAAGGAAGAAAGAGAUACCGAAGCAGAUUCAGUAUAGAAAAGAAGAAAUUGAUACCAUUCAUUCCAGCUUAUUUGAUACCCACUUAAAGUUUCUAUCAAACCAUGUCUUUUUCUUCGAACGUCAAUCUCGUAGGAAUUUAGAUUGGAAGUGUGGUAUUGAAGGGCGAAGCCUUUACUCUUUUACUUGUUUCUUUGAAUAUAAUAUAACAUAGUAUUGACUACGCACUUCGAAAGAUAAUGGUGUAUUCCGAGGAUCAGUCCGUUUUUUAUUGAAUUCGCAAAUUGAUAGAUCUGGAUGAUUAAAAGAAUGAUUCUUCCCUGGGUAUUUCCCCGCUACCAUUAUGGAAAUUGGAGCUUUUCAAUUCCAUUUUGGAGAUGCUCGUAACGAUUUUUUUCUUUUGGGUGGGCAAGAAAAGGAUUUGACUCUUGAAGAUAUCAACUCAUACGCCUGCUCCAUACAUUAAAAAACAUUUUGGGUACUUUCUAUUAGAAUGGAUAAAUAGAAAUGGGUACAUUCCUCUUUCUCUUUCCUGGCCAAACUACCAAAAAAAAAGAAGAGAGAGAGCUGUAAGAGCGGUAAAAGCAAGCUCGGUGGCCCGGUUCACUACAGGUUGAUGUAUCCUUUUGAAAGAAAAGUCAAUCUCUCUAAAAAAUAAGCACUUCAACAAGUCAGGGCCCUUUUUUAUACAACUCCUAUGCGUAAUUGAUAGCUUUUUGGUAUUCUCCAUAUAUACUACUAGGUACGAAAUAACAGGAAAGAUAGAAAUAGUGACUUUGGCUUCAAAUAGAGAGCAGCUUAAAGGGAAGGAGGACAGCUCUGAAAAAAUAACUGAACACUGGCUAGGAACUGGGCUGCACUAAGCCCGGCACUUUUUGGGCUUCUUCAUGAAUCUCGUUUUCAGGUAAGGUCAGACUUAUUGAAUAUAUAUCUGAAAGAAAGCAAAGGAAUGAAUCGUUUUUCCAAUUACCUUCUCUCGAAAACCAUAGAUCUUCUGGUUACCAUUGACUAUCCGGCACUUUCGUCUGUAGAGCGAAGCAAGAAAUUGCAUGGAAGGGCUUGCCCUGCUAAUAUCAGCCUUGUUUGGAACAAUAGAUGCAAUCCAUUUCAGUGUAUGUCACUGAGUUCACCAUUGCAGUUGAGACGUCAGGCAAUUGAGCGUUCCCUAGAGUUUGGUUCAAAGGCUAAGGACUCCCCGCCGCCUUCAUAAGGGCACUAAGGCGGAGCACGGAAAAGAAAAUGGGGCACCCAUGUUUUACCAGUCCCGGAUCUCAGGGCCGUUUUGCACAUGAACGAAAUCGAAUUUCAUUGCGGGAAAUUUGGAUUUCAUGAGGGAGGAAAAGGCAAGGCGGAGGGUGGAGAGUCGUACAAUGCAUUGGUGGGAUGAAGGUGCUAGCUUGGCUGAGAUAGGAAGUUUCGAUGUGUAUGUAGAUUUGGUUCUAGUGCCCCCACCCUUUUCGAGAUCUGUCAGGAUUUAAAAGAUGUUAUAGUGUAAACUAUAGAGAAAUGGAAUGAAUGAAAUGUAUCUAAGAAGAAAGGAAGCCAUGCUCCAUCCUGUUUAUAAAAAGAACAUCACCUCCCUUCCCUUUUUGGUUAGAUACCGCUCCGUUAGGUACUAAUGCUUCUACCUAUCACCCUCCGGGUGAGUUUGAGAGCUGUGUUUUUUCCAACGUUAAUAGCAUUCCGCGAGAAAAGAGAAAAGUCAUCUACUGAUGUUGUCAGCGGAGUCCCUCGUCCAUCCAUGUAUGAAUAGCGGUAUCCCCCAUUUUGGACAGUGAUGAGGUAGUCGACGCAAUUUGCAUGUGUAUUUGCGUUCGGCUUUGCUACUUUCCUUCUAGACUAUAAAAGAAUGUCCGCGGAAGGGAAUAGUCUACGUGGCCCGGGCCCGGGGUAGUCUUUCAAUUCCUUUAUCGGGUGGGAGAGUUUAGAACCUGUUAAGCCAAUAGCUGCAGCUUUAGUCACACUAGCUACAUCAGUGGAUCAUGGAUUUAGCAUACCACCUCAGAAUAGUCUACGUGGCCCCUACUUUUAUUUUACUACUUUUUUUUCCAGUAAUGCAGACAGCCCUUUUUAAAGCGCUAGGCCGGGCAGUUGGUACGAAAACAGAACCAUUAGUGGAGUAAGAUCCCGAUCAAAGCAGAGCGGUCUAAUCGAAAUAAUCAUAUCUAAGAGCAGGCAGGCACACGACUGGAUAUCAAAGGUGGGGCUCCCCUCCUCUACUCUACUCUACUCUACUAAAUGAAAUGAAAUAGUAUUUGUAUUUGGGUCGUCUUUGUGUUCGAUUCGAAUAGAAGCGCCAUUGUCAUCCGCUGCAGUUCUUCAUAGUCCGUCCUAGUAAGCUGGUAGGUUGGUGGAUGUGAACAUAAACUCCUCAUAUUUCCUACUGUUGCUUCCUGUAUAAAGGAAGAGUUGUCAGACAAUGAUACUCUUUCCAAAUCUGCAAUCUUCGUCGUUGUAAUGCCUCAGUCAUCAAUAGUAGAUAGUUGCUCAACUAUGCAAUAAGGAUUUUCCUCUCCUCACAGAUUGGAGGACUUUCACUUGACUCACUAGUGGGUUUUGCCUCGGGAAACAAGAAUAUGGAUUUGAGCAAGUCUGUUUUCCCAUGGGCCUACUACCUGCUAUUUUCAAAGCGUAGAGGACCCGCCUUUCUGAUCAAAGUAUGCUUCCCUUAUGGGCGAAACCACUGAAUCGGACGGAUCCUUUUUUCUUGGAUUGACCAGGCCAGCUUCUCCACCCAAUUCUUUUCUUACGAGACGAGAUAGGCACAGUGUCAGGGUCAUGUGAUGUGAAUGGUUUGUUUGAUCUGUUUCUUGUCCCUAUGGGUUCGAUUGGCAAUCAGGAUAUCGGUCGCUUGGCACUAGUCGAAUAGGCGAUUCAGUCGUGAUAGUGCCAUCCCUUGCCCCUUGGAGUGAGUUGAAAGCACUCUUCCAGCUCUUGAUUCGCGGAAUUCAUUACGAAGCAAGAUUUCAUUUCAUUUCCAUUUACGUCAUUAGCAAAACAAGCAAGAUUCACCUCAGGAUACGACGAAUUCUGGAACACUUCCUUGAUUGAUAUAUGCAUUUUCUAGAGCAGGCACCAUUGACUGCUUCUUCAACGUCUAUACUAUACGAGACGAGACGAGUUAUUGUACGAGUCAAGCUUGCUCCAGACCAAGCUCACUUUACACGGGCUUAGAACUCAACCUGACCCAACAAGAAAACGGAUAGACGCAGCGCAACGGCUUGAUAGCCUGACUCAGCAAGAGGCGAGGAUGCACGUGACUAACUAAAACAGCUUUCGCGCUAUCAACUUCUUUGAUCGAACCUGGCCUGGCGAUUGAAGCAUUCGAGAUAUAGAAGAAACUGCCCAAGUCAACCGGAUAUUCCAAAGCAAGGGUUAUGAAUCAAAAGAGAAGUGCCAGCUGGAUCUCUGGUUCAAAGUUCAGGGCAUGGAAUUGAUUCGUAUGCUCGUUCUCUCGCUGAGCAGAACCAUCUCUGUCUGAGAAGACCCAGUCUCCCAGUGUUUCUAGAAAAGGAAAUCCCAUUCGUCAACCUAAAUGGAAGGGCAGGUAAGGGAAGGCCAGCAGGAAAUUCAGUAAGUAAGGUAUCUCAGUGCCAGUGCUCUCCGGUUUCAAGUUGAUGCGGGCAGUCGUGGGGACAGGCAAAGCUGGGAUGCCUUACUAGCAGGAAUGAAAAGGUAUGUAUGAACCAACAAAGGUCAAGUAGACGAACACAUAUCCACUCCACUAGAGAAAGCGUCGAACCAGGGAAGAAUGAAUGGUUAGAACCAGUCAAGGGUGCCGUACUCAUGCCUACGGGGAAAGAGACUGAUCCGUAUCUGAUACGCCUUCACUUCUUUCGAGCUUCUUAUUCGAUUUCUUAAAUGACUUCUUCGGGCCUUACCCUAGACUACCUUCACUUAACUUAAUGCAGAAGCCAGAGUUCGAGGAAAGCGGUAGUUGGUUAUUUCGGGAUGAAUUUCUAUUUCUAAAAUGUGGAUGAACAUAAAUGGACGGAAACGAGAAAAAUGCAUAAUUCAUAUAAGUUCAUUCGAAAGAAUGAGGAUUCAUGAUGUCUCUUCCCAACCAUUCUUCCUGAGGAAGGCACCUCCGAUCGAGUCCUUAGCGCCAUGGAUAUUCUUCGCAGUGCCUUUGGAUGCUUCUCAGAAACCGCCUCUUUCCACUGGCUAUAUGAAAUUCCAAAUGAGACUUCCCUGCGUCGCCAAAGGAAUGGGAAACUUCUUGGUUCGAAACCUUUGAUCCUAUGCCGCCUGUCUGAAAAUAAAUAUAAGCAAGGCACCUAUGACUACGAAUCCGAAGGCCAAGCAUGCGGAUUUGACAUGGUUUCCCACUUUUCUCAGAGUCACUGGGCAAUAGAAAAGUAUACAAGCACAUUUCCAAUCUACAUAAAGAUACCAACCAGGUAUCUACUUCAAAGACAGGGCGUCGGCGAUCCUCUACUAUUAAGAGACAGAUAACAAUGGUGCCGACAGAGAUGGACAGAACUGCAGAGAAUACCUCUCCGGAGAAGUCCUUACAUGUCUCAAACUAAAUAAAUCCAACCUGCAAGAAGACACACAAAAAAGAAAAAUAUGAACUAUCCUCCACUGACAGCAAAAAAAUUGGCCGAAGUGAAAAGACUCUUGAAAAAGAGUCAGAUUCCUGAAUUGGAAUAUAGAGAAUACGAGUAUGAGGUUAGAUAUGAGAAAGAAAUGCGUGAAUUAGAAUUGCAGAAAGAUAAAAUUAAGAGCGAUUUCUUUAACUGUAAUUAUAACCCGAUCAGGGAGUCAGUUAGGGUAUCAACGGAUAGAGACCCUGAUUUAGAGGAUGAAAAAAGAGAGCAGCUAGGAGAGUCUAUGCAGGCUGAAUGGGAGAGACUAAGGCGGGGUGUAGAAGUCGGUACUUCAGAAGAUAUCAAUGUUGACACAGUCAAACGUUGGGGUUUGCAAAAUAAUAAGUACAACGCUGAACACUGGAUCCCUCCAGGGGGUCAGCGCACAGCUGAGGAUAUGGGAAAACUCUACCAAUUCUGGGAUGAAUUCAUUGAAACAUAUGAAAAUGAGGUUAUGAUGAAUUCGGGGUACAGGGAACCCUUAAAUAAAGAUAAAGUGUUUAAUACACUACUAGAUCAUUCUAAUAAUAAGACCAAUCAGACGGCUGAGGAAUUAAAAGGCAUUCAAACUAAAAUAGAACGUAUGACUAUGUAUUUUUAUGAGGCCAAUGUCUAUGAAUCAUUAGGUCAGUUGAAGAAUAAGUUCAUCAAUAUAGAUGAGCAAACAGCAAAGGAUUACCUUCUUGAUAAGUUAGAGAAACCAGACGAUCUAGAUAUCGUUAGAGCUAUGGGCACCUAUACACUGGAAUGUAUAGUUGUAUUUGUCUUAAGCAAGCAGUUUAAUGUGUUUGCUUUGGAGAAGGCUAGUGUUCAAGUUGCUACAUUGGUGAGUGAACUAGAUUCCGCAGCUAAGAUUGAGUAUAAUCGUAUAAUCGCUGAGGGUAGAAAGCGCAAAAAAGCUAAGCGGGGUGAUAAGCAGAUAAAUGAAGAUGAAAACAUCUUAUUGCAAGAUAAAGGUGUGGAUACCUUUAAUGGUGAUGUACAUUCCGAGCUGGAUAGAAAGAAAAAGAGCAUAUCAAAACAAACGAAUCGAAAAAGAGUUCGAAUCAGUAAACAUAAGGAGCCCGGUAUAGGGGAAGCCCUGUUUGGCUGGCUGGCUAGCAGGAAAUUGAUAGAAGUCAAAAAACCUGUUUUUCUCUUUGAUAAGAAGAAUAAGAAGCCAAAAAAUGUAAUAUACCCGGGCUAUGUAGAUUGUCUAUUUGACAUUAAAGAUCUACCCUUCUGUUCAACCUUACCUAUGGUAUACCCUCCAGCCGAUUGGGAAUUACGGCCCACCGCAACCGCGGAAGUCUCGGAUCCAUAUAUAACGAAUCUGACCCCUCUAUCGAGUUAUAGAGGUGGUUACCUCACAACCCUACAAAGGGAGAGUGGAGAUAGUCCGACUCUCUUAAGUGAAAAAGAUUAUGGUGUAUUUGACAUACAUAUCGAUCGCGAGAGAUCUCAACCAGUGUUGAGUGCUGUGAAGAAGCUUCAGCGGCAGCCCUAUCGAAUUAAUAAAUUAGUCUAUGAUUUUAUACAAAAACAUUGGAGUGUAUUAGUGUCCGUGGGGCUUCUCAGGCCGAAGAAUCUAGCUUUAUUUAAACGAAAGGAGGCGCUCAGGCUACUAUCUAGCCUUUUGUUUAAACACGAGGAGCUUUCAACGAUUUAUCGAUAUAGUGAGUUGAAAUCUGUAUUGUUAAAAAAUAUACACGCGUCAACCUUCGAACUAUAUACUAUGAAAAUAGCUGAGGCUUAUCUAGAUUAUAAAAUCUAUUUUCCAAUCUUUCUGGACUUCAGGGGGCGAAAUUACCGCCAUGGACCCUUCCAUUUCCACGAACGUGAUUUAGUGAGAUCACUCAUCAUAUUUGAUGAAAGUGAUGACUCAGCAGCACAUACUAUAAAUAGUGAUGAUGAGGAUAGAAUCCUCCAUAAUUUCCUUAUAUCAGCGGCAUACCAUAAAUCUAAAUUUGGUGUAUACCAAGACGCUAUGGAGUUUAUCUCUAAAAUAAUACCAGAUAUGGUAAGUAAACCUACAUUCUUUGAAAAAGAUAUCUUUAUGGAUACACUGUGCUGCAGGCACCCAUUUCAGUAUAUAUCAUCAUGUAUAAGUUUGAAGACGUACGCGGAUACAGGAGACUUGUCUGUGCUGCGAUACACACCAGUAUCCCAAGAUGCCUCAGCAAGUGCUUAUCAGAUGAUGAGUUACUUUUUGUUGGAUAUUGAUUAUGGGAUACAUACAAAUCUUUUAAAAACCCCAAAUACGGAUGGCAGAUAUAUCAGGGAUAUAUAUGAAUUCAUGCGGGAUUGUUUAAUAAACUAUCUCAUCGCUGAAGAAAAGAUAGAACUAGUAAUUAAACUACUUACACGUAAUGAAAAAGAUCAAGAAAGUGUAUUAGCUAAGAUUGUUAGUAUAUUUGAUCGCAAUGUGGUAAAGAAAAUGUUUAUGCCCAUGAUGUAUGGGAAAACCGAUUAUACCUUAAAAAAGGAUGUUGAAGAUCUAUUAAAGGGUAAGUCGGAUUCCGAGGGAAUAAACCUAAUUUCAAAACAUAUUUCUACAUAUUGGAAAGAGAAUUUUGGAAAAAUGAAAGAUCUUAUGGAUCUUAUCAAUUAUGUUAGCUGGUUUGGAGCAGGACAGGAUAAACCGGUGGUAUAUAGUACGCCGUACUGGGUAACGCUGCAAACAUAUAAGCGGCGUAAACGCGUAAAAAUGAAAAUACAGUAUGAAACAACCAAAAAUAACGAAAAGGAGGUUAAAACAACAUCGGCUAAAAUGCUUGUACCGUUAAACGAUAACGAUAUUAGAAAGAGCUCAACCUCAACCUUUGCCAACUUCAUCCAUCAAAAGGAUGCAUUUACUGCUAUCCAGCUUGUUGAGUUUAUCAAUAAACUCGAGAAUGCUUCCUCAAUUCCUAUAUACGCAGUACAUGAUAAUUUUAUAACUAUGCCUGAAUAUGCUUGGAUUUUGCCGACCCUUUAUAGGGAAUCAAUCUUUCGUAUGGGGCACCCACUCAUCAUAAUAAACAAAUUUUUAUUUGAUCAUAUACUUCUACCUGCAAUACAAAACGAACAUCCUAAAGAUAAACACUUCUUCUCCGUGGAAGAGCGCUCUAUGUUAUAUCGUAUGAUGAUUGAUUUACAGAAUCCAUUGAUUCCCGAUUUUGGAAGUGUUGAUAUUACUAAGGAUAGAAUCAAAUCUAUAGUGAUUCCGAAAGAUCUUCUUCUUAAGUGCUUUUCAUGUUUAUGGAUGAGUAAAA